AUGGCCAGCUCUUCCCAAACAAAAGCCAGCCUGAGUGACAAUCGAGAUGGGCUUGGAAUCCACCUUUGUUGAGAGUUCGGGCCUACACCAGUCUGCCAUCGCGCACUCACAUUGCGAGUGUGGUGGCUCAUCCGACCCGGGGAAGCAGUUGCACGAGCAUCGACACCAUUGUAUCAAGAGGCGGGAGUUUGAUACAAGAAAACAUGCGUUGGCUUACAGUUUCUUGCGCGAACUUGAUCAAUCUAUCACGCAAGGUCAGCUUGGUCAGCUCGUCCUUUCGACAGGUGGUGUGAAGAUCACCUGGUCCAAAACCCUCAGAACUACGGCUGGCCGAGCCACAUGGCGUCGUUCGAAGAUACGCCUUCACAAUUAUGGAGUUGACGGCGAUGAAAUCAAGCACCACCACUAUGCAACUAUUGAGCUAGCCGAAAAGGUCGUCGAUGAUGAGGACAAGCUGAUGAAUACGCUCGCGCAUGAAUUUUGUCACUUGGCAACCUUCAUGAUCACCAAAAUUAUCACCAAUCCACAUGGCAAGGAGUUUAGACAGUGGGCGAGGAAAUGUUCUCUGGUAUUUGGCGCGCGCGGAGUGAACGUGACCACCAGACAUGGCUACAAGAUCAACUUUGAGUACAUCUGGAAAUGCACUGGGUGUGAAAUCGAGGUCAAACGGCACUCGCGAAGUGUCAACCCACGUAAGAUAUGCUGUGUAUUUUGCAAGGGGAAAUCUCAAGCAAAUCAAGCCCAUAGCGAGGGGCAGUGCCAAGUUUGGUGA